AUGCUAAGCAUUAGGCGGGAGCUUCUGCGCUUGCUGAUAAUACCAGAAGAGAGACCCCAGGGCCGUUGCAGCCCCAUCCCGGGCCAAAGUUGUUCCCCGCCGAGCGCGGGCGUGAGGCGGCUGCAGUGUUGUGUCGGCGCCUCCGGGUGCCGCUGUUGGGCCGCCGGCGAGCGUUGCUGGAGCCGCCGCCGCCGCCGCCUGUGCGUGCUGUCCCCGCAGGCUGCUGGCUCGGGCGGGCAGUGCGGGCCAGAGCGGCAGCGGCACGGGCAGCAGAGGCGAGAGGCGGCGCGGGCAGCAGAGGCGUGCGAGUGGGAGGCGGCGGCGGUCCGGGUUUGCUUUGUCGGGCGCUGCUGUGGCUGCGCCGAGCGGCUGCGAGGGAGGCGGGGCGGCGGCAGGAGCCUGGCGAGCUCGGCGAGCGAGCGCUGUGGGCGAUGUCGGGCGGGCGGAGGCCGAGCGGCGGGCCGGGCGGCGGGCGAGCGCCGGUGCUGGGCGCUGUGCUGCUGUGGCUGUGCUGGCGGGCGGCGGCGGAGCGGCUCCGCUACUCCAUGGCCGAGGAGCUGCCCAGAGGCUCGCUGGUGGGGCCGCUGGCCCGGGACCUGGGGCUCAGCGCCGACGAGCUGCCGGCGCGCAAGCUGCGGCUCAGCGCGGACAAGCAAUACUUCACGGUGAGCGAGGGGAACGGGAACCUGUACGUGAGCGAGAGGCUGGACCGGGAGGAGCUGUGCGGCAAGUCGGCGUCCUGCUCGGUCAGCUUCGAGGCGCUGGUGCACAACCCGCUCAACGUCUUCCGUGUCGAAGUGGCCAUUGAGGACGUGAAUGACAACUCCCCGGUCUUCAGCAAGGAUGCCCUGGACCUCGAGAUCGGUGAAUGGACGAUUCCAGGUGCUCGUUUUCCUCUGGAGAUGGCCCAAGAUGCGGACGUGGGAAGUAAUUCCCUGAUUACUUAUCAACUCAGCAGCAAUCCGUCCUUCAGUCUGGCCGUGAAGGAGAUCACGAGUGGAAAGAAGCAGCCGGAAUUGGUUCUGGAGAGAGCGUUGGACCGGGAGAAGCAGAGCUCCUUUGAGCUGGUGCUGACGGCAGUGGAUGGGGGGGACCCAGCGAGGUCCGGGACUGUUCAGGUUCGUGUCAACGUGACGGACGCCAACGACAACCCGCCCGUGUUCAGCAAAAACCUCUACGACGCGCGAGUGGUGGAGAAUCUGCCGGCAGGUUCGCUGGUCCUGCAGGUGCGGGCCACGGAUGCAGACGCGGGGUCCAAUGGGAGGGUCUCCUACUCCGUUGUCAACGUCCCGGCCGGAAUCCGCGAGUUGUUCUCUAUCGACAAAGAGAGCGGUGAGAUCAGAACGGAGAGGCCCCUCGAUUUCGAGGAGGCGAAUAAAUACAGCUUCGGUCUGGAAGCGAGGGACGGGGGCGGACUCACUGGUCAUUGUGAAGUUCAGAUUGACGUCAUAGACGAGAACGACAACGCGCCCGAGAUCACCAUUCUGUCACUGUCGAGCCCCGUGCCCGAGGACUCGCCGGUCGGCACCGUGGUUGCCCUGCUGAAAGUGCGGGACCGGGACUCCGGCGAGAACGGUGAGGUGUCGUGCGAGCUGUCGGGAGAGGCGCCGCUGUCGAUCGUGGCGUCGUCGGGCGGCUCUUACAAAGUGGUGACGGCGAGCGCGCUGGACCGCGAGCAGGCGUCCGAGCACCGCGUGACGGUGGUGGCCCGGGACCGGGGCAGCCCGGCGCUAUCGAGCGUGGCGGAGCUGUUGCUGGAGGUGUCGGACGUGAACGACAACGCGCCGGUGUUCGAGGAGGCGUCGUACAGCGCGUACGUGCGGGAGAACAACGCGGUGGGCGCGCUGGUGUUGCGCGUUGUGGCUCGGGACUUGGACGCGGGCGCGAACGGGCGCGUGAGCUACUGGCUGUCGGGCGGCAGCGCGGGCGCGGCGGGCGCGGCGCCGCUGGUGUCGGUGGAGGCGCGGAGCGGCGCGGUGUAAGCGCAGCGCUCGUUGGACUACGAGCAGUGCCGCGAGUUCUUGGUGGCCGUGCGGGCGCAGGACGGCGGGUCGCCGGCGCGCAGCUCGACGGCCACGGUGCGCGUCUUCGUGCUCGACCAGAACGACAACGCGCCGCGGGUGCUCUACCCGCCCCCGCCGGCGGCGUCGGGAGCGGCCCCGCCGGGCUCGGUGGGUUCGGCUUUCGAGGUGGUGCCGCGUUCGGCGUCGUCCGGGUACCUGGUGGGCAAGGUGGUGGCGGUGGACGCGGACGCGGGGCGCAACGCGUGGCUGUCGUACGAGCUGGUGCAGGCGUCGGAGCCGGCGCUGUUCCGCGUGGGGCUGCAGAGCGGCGAGGUGCGCACGGCGCGGGCCGUGUCGGAGAGGGACGCGGCCAAGCAGCGCGUGGUGGCCGUGGUGAAGGACCACGGCGAGCCGGCGCUGUCGGCCACGGCCACGCUGCACGUGGUGCUGGCCGAGAGCUUGCAGGAGGCGCUGCCGGAGCUGAGCGAGCGGGCGGCGGGCGCCGAGGCGGCGGGCGAGCUGCAGUUCUAUCUGGUGCUGGCGCUGGCGCUGCUGUCGGCGCUGUUGGUGCUGAGCGUGGCGCUGGCCGUGCUGGCGCGGCUGCGGCGGGCCGGGCCGCCCGGCGUGCUGCGCUGCCUGGGCGCGCAGCGCUUGUCGCUGGCCGGCGCCGCCUUCCCGGCCGACUUCUGCGAGGGCACCUUGCCCUACUCCUACAACCUGUGCGUGGCGGCGCCGCCCCGCUUGGCCGCCGAGGCCUCUUGGCCGCCGCCGCCGCUGCCCAUCGUGCCCGCGGAGGAGCUUGUGGCCGGGGAGCCCUGCGAGAAGCCGAGUCCGAGCAGCAGCGCCGUCGCGGGAGAGCCGCCCACCGAUCCCGACGCACUGCAGGGCGGGCACGUCUCGUCAGCGCUCGGUGCGUGCAGUGCCGGGAGGAGGCUGCGGGCGCCGCUGUUGACCGAGAGGAGCGAGAGGAAGGUCGGAGCGCUGCAGCCCCGCCCGCUGCGGCCCGGCUCGAUCGCGGAUCGCUGGCUCGGAAAGAGGUCGCUUUCCGAUCUUCCCCGCGGUGCGGAUUCGAGAUACAGCGAGGCGGAGGGGCGGGCGGCGAAGGCCGGGAGCGGCAAGUCGGAGCCGGAGCGGGAGCCGGAUCGGCGACCGGCGGCGGGGAUCUGCCGGCGGUGUUGCGGUGCCGGCGGUGCGGCGGCGGAGAUGUGCGCGGCGGGGAGGCGCUGGGGCCGGCGGCAGCGAGUGCUGCUGUGGGGCGUCCUGCUGGCGGCCUGGGAGGCGGCGUGGGGGCAGCUGCGCUACUCGGUGCCCGAGGAGAUGCCCAAGGGCUCGUUCGUGGGCGAUGUGGCCAAGGACCUGGGGCUGCAGAUGCCGGCGCUCUCAGACCGUGGCGUCCGCAUUAUAGACAGAGGUAGGACACAGUAUUUUGGUCUGCACGGGAAGACGGGACAUUUAGUGACGGCCGAGAGGAUCGACAGAGAGCAGCUGUGCCGGCUGGUGGAGCAAUGCGUGCUGCGCUGUGAGCUGAUAGUGGAGGGGGAAAUGAAGGUUUACAAAAUUGAUGUGGAAAUCACGGACAUUAACGACAACUCCCCCACCUUCAAGGACAUUGAAGUGGAAGAGAAAAUAAGCGAGAUGACAGCCCCAGGGUCGCGGUUUGCACUUCCCAGGGCUCACGACCCCGACUCUGGACGGAAUUCCCUGCAGAGCUACGAGCUGAGCGGCGACGAGCACUUCUCGCUGGCCGUGCAGACGGGCCCCGGCGGGGAUCAGCGUCCCGAGCUGGUGUUGGUGAAGGCGCUGGACCGGGAGGAGGCGGCGUUCCACGAGCUGGUGCUGAGGGCGAGCGACGGCGGCGAGCCGUCCCGGACGGGCACGGCGCGGAUCCGCGUGACGGUGCUGGACGCGAACGACAACGCGCCCGUGUUCAGCCAGGCGGAGUACACGGUGCGUGUGCCGGAGGACGUGCCCGUGGGCUCCGUCCUCGUCACCGUCACGGCCACAGAUGCAGAUGAAGGCUUGAACGGGAACGUCAGAUACUCAUUGCAGAAAGAGGCGGACAUGGCAUUGGAUAUUGUCAAUGUGGAUGCUGAAACCGGAGAGAUCACGCUAUUGCGAAGCCUGGACUUUGAGGAAGGCAAAGCCUACGAGCUGGAGGUGCAAGCACGGGACGGAGGACAACUUUACGAUACGGCAAAGGUCGGGAUCACCGUAACCGACGUCAAUGACAAUGCGCCUGAACUAACAGUGACUUCUCAGCUUAGUGAGGUCUCUGAGGACGCCCCUUCGGGGACUGUUGUAGCCCUGCUGCACGUACAGGACCAGGACUCGGGGGCCAACGGCGAAGUGCGCUGCUCGCUCGAUGAGGGCGUCCCGUUCCGCCUGGAGAGCUCUCAGGACAGCUACUACCGCGUGGUGACAGCGAGAGAGCUGGACCGGGAGCAGGAGUCGGAGUACAACGUGACGGUGCGGGCGGCCGACGGCGGUGGUCCGUCGCUGCAGAGCAGCAGGGUGCUGUGUCUGCGGGUGCUGGACGUGAACGACAACGCGCCGGUGUUCUCGCAGGAGCGCUACAGCGCUCGGCUGUCGGAGAACAACGUGGCGGGCGCGCUGGUGCUGCGGGUGCGGGCGACGGACUCGGACUGGGGGGAGAACGCGCGCGUGCGGUACCGUCUGGGGGAGGGUGGUGUGCGGGGCUGGCCGCUGUCGUCGUACGUGUCGGUGCAGGCGGAGACGGGCGCGCUGUACGCGCUGCGCUCGUUCGAUUACGAGGAGGUGCGCGAGGUGGGGCUGUGGGUUUGGGCGGAGGACGGCGGCUCGCCGGCGCUGAGCAGCAACGUGUCGGUGCGGCUGGUGAUCGUGGACGAGAACGACAACGCGCCGCAGGUGCUGUACCCGCCGGCGGCGGGGGCGGCUUUGUCGGGCUCGGUGUGGGCGGGCGUGGAGCUGGCGGCGCGGUCGAGCGAGGCCGGCGCGCUGGUGGCCAAGGUGGUGGCGGUGGACGCGGACGCGGGUCAGAACGCGUGGCUGUCGUACGAGCUGGCCAAGGCGACGGAGCCGGGGCUGUUCCGCGUGGGGCUGCACAGCGGCGAGGUGCGCACGGCGCGCUCGCCACUGGCCCGCGACGCGUCGCGGCAGAGCCUGGUGGUGCUGGUGAAGGACCACGGGCGGCCGGCGCUGUCGGCCACGGCCACGCUGAGCGUGGUGCUGGCCGAGAGCGUGGCCGAGCUGCUGGCCGAGCUGGGCAGCGCGGCGCGGGCGGAGGCGGAGGCGGGGGCGGGCGAGGCGGGCGGCAGCCUGACGCGCUGGCUGGUGCUGGCCGUGGCCGCCGUGUCGUGCCUCUUCGUCGCCUUCCUGCUGCUGCUGCUGGCGCUGCGCCUGCGGCGCUGGCGGCGCUCGCAGCAGCAGCUGCUGGCGGCGGGCAGCGGCGCCUUGCGCGGCGUGCCGGCCACGCACUUCGUGGGCAUCGACGGCGUGCGCGCCUUCCUGCACUCCUACUCGCACGACGUGUCUCUCACGGCCGACUCGCGCAAGAGCCACCUCCGCUUCUCGGCCGACAGCUGCUGCGACACCCUGCCGGCCCGGCCGCCGCCCGACGAGCCCGCGCCGCUGCUCGGAGACGAGGAACCUGCCGGCCCCCAGCAGGCGGACCCCGCCCCUCUCCCGGUGAGUUUCUCGUACUAG